AUGUGUCGCCAAUACUUCACACUCUACGAAUGGUGCCAAUGCGAAGAAGAUGCCGGCAACAGCGCUUGCGCCGGCGUCCGCCGCAACAGCUGUCCGGGCGUCAGCGUCGAAACUGUGCAUAUGCACUGCUUCUGCAACUCACACGCAACCUGCAGGUUCAAGUCCGAGAACCAGACCCGCAAGGAAGAAAAUAAGUUACGCCGCAGGUCUCAGGAGUCUAUGGAUGAAAAGGCUUCCCUUGGCCGCCGCUGGUUUCAGUGGUAUCAGUGGCGGGGACUGAGGUCGCGUUAA